AUACAAAUGGCUUGUUCCAGCUGGGUUGCGCUGGAGGGAGAUGGCGGGCCAGGGAGAUCCGGUGCAGAGAGAGAUUCACCAAGACUGGGCGAACAGGGAGUACAUCGAAGUCAUCACCAGCAGCAUCAAGAAGAUUGCCGAUUUCCUCAACUCAUUUGACAUGUCCUGCCGUUCCCGGCUAGCCACACUGAAUGAGAAGCUAACAGCUCUAGAACGAAGGAUUGAAUACAUUGAAGCACGGGUAACGAAGGGUGAGACUCUGACCUAAAUCGGUGGCAUUUCAACCUCCGCUCGGAGUAAUCAUGAACUCGAUGGAAUCAUGUCAGGGAAAAACAGAUGCCGUGACUUGCCUAGCCAUCAAACUUUUCCUUUUCUAUCUUAACUCUUUUGAUCAUUAAAGGCUUUUUAACAAGAGAGCUCAAAGUAAUUCAGACUGAGUUCCAUUCCAAGGUGAUUCCCUCAUUUUUGAAGAUGGCGGCACUGAGUAAAACAGUGAGUUGGAGAUUGGGUGUAAAAUUUGUGCCAACUGUUCAUGGUGGAGUGGGUUUUUUUAAUCUCCUUGAUUUCAAGAAUUGUGUUCUAACUUGUGUAUUGUAAGUGGAGUCUUGUCUUUCCAUUUAUUCUUGAUAAAAUGUUUAACAGUUUGUAACCUCCAGCCUGUCAGCUGGCUAGCCUGCUCCUAUGAUGAGGGAAUAAUGACUGUUUCAUAUGUAACAAAUUUUUUGGAGUUUCUGGGAGUGUACAACAAAUAAAUUGUCAUUUUAUUGUUUAUUUUCAUUGCUCCAAUGUGUGUCACUAUAUAUUAAAAAUAAAGUGGUUGAAAACAAUUUGGCAUUAA